GCCCGUUAAGAAUGCACAGCAAACUGUACACUCAAAAACUGUUCACUCUAUUGGUCUAAAGCAAAAUGUUCUUCAAUCUUACUCCGUAUUACAUUCAUUUUUACAGUUGACUCUUGAAGAAGAUACUCAUGCAACUUGCAAGUAUACAUGCGCUAAUUUGGAGGUCACAAUCUUGAAAAAAGAAUGGCGACGGGAAUGGUAAUGCAUACGGGGGGAUGCCAUUGCAAGAGGGUGAGAUGGCGAGUGAGGGCACCAGCUAGGGUUGUUGCUUGGGCAUGCAAUUGUUCCGACUGCUCCAUGAGAGGAAACACCCACUUCAUUGUUCCAUCUCAAGAGUUUGAGCUUCUUGGAGAUUCCCAGCGGUUCCUUACCACCUAUACUUAUGGUACUCAUACUGCAAAACAUAUUUUCUGCAAAGUUUGUGGAAUUACUUCCUUCUACAUUCCACGGACGAAUCCGGACGGAAUAGCCAUUACAUUCAGGUGUGUGGAUCACGGCACUCUAUCCCAUGUUGAGAUCAAACAGUUUGAUGGAACCGACUGGGAGAAGUCUUACAAAGAGAGCAACAUUGCAUCACUCUCCAAAAUCAAAAGUGAAGAUUCAUAAGGAUGGAAAAGUGAAGCAUCCCCGGCAGCCAAUGUUUGAAGAAGAAGAAGAAGAAUAAAGCAGGCUGGCAUUUGUAAGCGAGCCAUUAUUGUGUACAAGUAUACAAAAUUGGGACAUUGUUGUAACUGAUAUGACUUUUGAUAUGUAAUUGCCAAUGACUACAUUGUUUGUAUGUCACUUUGUCAAUUUACCUCCCUUUGGAAUAUAUAUGUUUCAUAAUGACCAGAGAAUGCAUCCAGGGUUUUGUAUUCUGGUGGAAGGGGACAAGUUAUUUUUCAAGUUUUGUAGAGACAGACUUC